AUGAAGCUGGAUGUGACCAUGUUCCGGUACAUCACCAAAGAGGAGUUCCGUGUGCUCACAGCGGUAGAGAUGGGAAUGAGGAAUCAUGAACACGUGCCAGCACCAUUGAUCGAGAACAUCUCCAAGCUCAGUCGGAGCCUUUGCUACAAGACUCUGCAGACCUUGCUGCGGAACAAGCUGGUGGGGCAUGAUGGCCAAAGCUACGAUGGUUGGCGGCUCACCUACCACGGCUAUGACUUCCUGGCCCUUCGGGCCCUGGCGGCUCGCGGCACCAUCACGGCCGUGGGGCGGCGCUUGGGCGUGGGCAAAGAGAGUGACGUGCACUACGCUCAGGGCCCUGAUGGUGAAUUGGUGGCCUUGAAGCUGCAUCGGCUCGGUCGAAUCAGCUUCCGGGCCAUCAAAGAGAAGCGCGACUACCUGAGGCACCGCGUCCAUGCGAGCUGGAUGUACAUGGCGAAGUUGGCCGCUGCCAAGGAGUUCGCAUACAUGAAGGCUUUGAAGGAUGAGGGCUUCCCAGUCCCCAGCCCCAUCGAUCAGAACCGGCACGUGGUGGUGAUGUCCUUUGUGCACGCCACACCACUCUUCCAGAUCCGCAGCCUGCAACAUCCUCACCAGGUCUUGGAGCGACUCAUGCGCCUGGUAGUGAGGCUUCUUCGAGCAGGGAUCGUUCACGGAGACUUCAAUGAGUUUAACCUCAUGCUUGACCAGGAUGAGAAGAUCACUCUCAUCGACUUUCCACAGAUCGUCUACAACAACCACCCCAACGCCGAGGACGAAGAUGCCACGCCGAAAGGUGGCACCCCCCGCAAAUCCACCCCAACACCAGAGGUGGAAGGUCCUGCGGUCGGUUGA